UGGUCCUCCCUGUCUGUCUCCUUAUAGGUGGGUCCUGCAGCCUCUCCUCUCCUCACACUCCAACCCUGCUCAUCUCUCAGCUGGACAGUAAGGGCCGUUCACACCACACACUGACAACAUGCUGGGGACACUCUGCACUCUCAUCACUGCUCUAACAUAUGUCAGUUGCCAGAAAGCAGUGACACAGACACCUUCAGUACUGACUGUCAGUACAAAGGGGACUGCUACUUUUCACUGUGACAUUACCAAAGAUGAAAGCAACUAUGUAAACUGGUAUAAACAGGUUCCAGGAGGAGCUCCUCAGUAUGUGUUAAGGUAUCACUAUGCACUCGACUCUCCUGAUGAAUAUGGUUCUGGUUUCUCCUCUGAUCGUUUCACAUCUAAAGCCACGUCUGAUAAAGAUUAUCAGUUUAUAAUCAGUAAUGUGGAGGAGACAGACUCAGCAGUGUAUUACUGUCAGACAUGGGACAAGUCUGUUAAAGUGCACGUAUUCGGACAAGGAACCAAGCUCAUUGUUACUGACACUACCCUCCCUCCGCCUGUCUUGACCAUCCUCCCUCCGUCCAGCGAUGAGUUGAAGUCCAGCAAAGUCACCCUGGUGUGUCUGGCCAGUCAGAUGGCCAUGGGUUACGCAGAUGUCAGCUGGACAGCUGGAGGGAAUCCGGUCACCGGCGGCAUCGCUACGAGUGGCCCGGUGCCGCAAGCCGACAAGACGUUUCAACUCAGCAGCUGUCUGACCGUUGACACGUCAGAAUGGAACCAGGACAAAGUGUUCUCGUGUAAAGUCACCGCGGGAUCCAAGUUCGCUGAGAAAGACAUCAAGAAGUCUGAAUGCAGCACUGAGUAGCCUGAGAACCAUUGUAAUGUCUAUUUGAUUUUCUACAUCACUUUUCAAGUUAUUGUUAAUUCAUUACAAGUUUCACCUGCAUAUAUGCAUUAUGUUCCAUAAAAGAUAAAUAGCUAAUCAUACUGAUAUCAUAGGCUAUAUGAUAAGUAGACUUGUUAUAUUUGAAAUGGGUUGUUUUGCAGAUGAUUAAUAGAGGAAUAGCUAGAGCUUUGCUGUAUUGUGGAUAUUCAAUAAAGAACAUUCUAAA